AUGCAGAGUGCUCUAGUAGGCUCUUGGCACAACAGUGGCUUCUACGGGCACUACAGAGGCCAAGUCAAGAGUGAAAGUGCUGAAGAGUAUCGCUUCGCAGCCAAGCCCCAGCCUCCAGCCGUGUUCCUGCAACGAUGUCAGGAGCCAGUCGAGCAACACUACUUCUCCAAGCAUGACAACCGCACGUGCUUCGACAAAGGUCCCUAUUGCUUACUGCAGGGCAUUGGAAGACGGAAAGACCUGGAGCGCCUAUGGCAGCGGCAUACCUUCCUGCGCUGGGCACCCUGUGAGCUGGAGUUGAGCCAGCAGCAGCCGCUGAAAUCUUCCUACCAGACUGACUUCCAGUCAGGCACAGGACUCAGUUGCUUUCCCCAGCGCCUUGUCCAGUUUAUGCAGGUUCAUCCUCACUGUGCCGACACCACAACAUACCAGCACAACUUCUGCCAACCAUCUCGAAGUGGCCACUGUGUUAGCUACAAGGGAGGGCUCCAAGAGCCAGUCACUGACACACUGAGUGACCUUCCAGGGAUCCCAAGACCCAAGCUACUGCAGCAUUACCUUCACCCAAGAGUUUCUGAGUGUCUAAACUGGUCCCACACAUUAAAUAAAGACAGGUGA